AUGGCAGACAUGAUGGCAGAACAGGCGAAUGAUACCAUUGCCAGAGUGAAAAGAUUACACAGUGUUAUGUGUAAAUGUGACAGCGCGAUUAUUAAAACGCCACGACACUGGCACUGCCCAUUUUGUUUGACUAUUUGGUCAAAGGCCUACAUAUUGGAGCGGCAUCUUAAAACAUGCGACAACAGCAUGGACAACAUUGAAGUGGCCGUAUUAUUAUCAAGAAAGAAGACUGAGAAUGAAGAUAAAAAGCAACAACAUUCGCAACCACUGCCAAUGCCACCACCAAUCGAUCAUGAAUAUCCUGGCGAUGAUUCUGAAAGAGAUGAAUCUCCAUCACCCUCAUCCAAUCUGCCUUUAGUAAACCAUUUAUCAUGUAGUACAUCAACACGCAUUCCACUAUUCAAACGUGGGGUAGACAGAGUAUCAUGUUCUGAAUGUGGCGAACGUAUGUUGAAAAAAAAUCUUAAACGCCACGAAGAAAACAUACAUGGCAAUAGUUUUAAGUCUUUGCCAGUUCUUAAAUCAUAUUCUGUGAAUCGAGAAAACUCUUUAUUUGCAGUGGAAGCUGGUCCGAGAAAUGCCUUACCAAUUCAUGCUGAGAAAGAACUUCUUUGUACAAAUCCAAAAGUAUUUUGCGAGAGUAGCACAUGUAUACAAGCUGCAACAAUUGCAACACGUAGCAGACUUCCAAGUUUCGAAUGUCAACAUUUAUUAUCAGUUAACAGAGCAAUUCGAUUCAUAGAACAACCAUUCCUUCUCCCCGUGAAACUUGAUGAAUUAUGUAAUACGUAUCAUCCAUUUUCUGAUAGCAGUAGAGAUGCAGCUCUAACAUUGAACAGUCGAAGCAUAGCCAAUGGGUCAGUGCCUGUGUAUCCAUUAUUUGAAUCGGCUAGUACAGAUCGGCAAUUGCGUUUUUCCAUUCAUACAGGCGAGACUCACUAUUACAGUAUACUUGGGCGAGUUAUUGUUUCAUAUGAUACUGAUAAAAACACAUGGCAUUGUCGAUGCUGCAAGAAGAGGGGUUGCGGUCACAAAGCUCUUGCUCGUUGGUAUUGCUACCAAGUAUUCCCGGGUAAAAUACACCACGGCGCCUCAGAAGACCAAUAUGAAACUGAUGACAUUGAUGAUGGCAACACGCUGAUUAUUCCUGGCGCUAUAAAACAAUUACAUUCAUAUCCACCGGUUAUUGACAUUUCGGAGAGAAUGGUUGAAUACUGGUUGAGGCAUAAAAAAAUUCCACCUGAUAUUUCUUUGUCUAUGUCAGAGAAUUUUAACCAUACUCGUCUCAUGCCUGUGGAAAAGAGGUGCAAAAAUCAUACUGCUAUUGGUAGUGUGAUGUCAGCUUGGGAAGACACAAACAAUAUACGGAUACCCCAUAAUGUUGUCAUCAAAGCGUAUGAACAUUUUGAGGCCUUGACGGACCAUGAUUAUACUUUCAAUUGUGUAAUUUGUGGCAGUAACCCGCCCGUCAUCAUUACUGAUUUGCAAAGAAAGGCAUGCUUCAGGAUGGAUGUGUCUAGUCUCAAAUUACCGGAUGUUUGUGAAGAUUCUGAUAAAGUUGAUGUUGAAACAUUCUGGAAAAAGAUCGAAAUGGAGAAGUUAGUGAAACCGCUCAUUAGAUAUGGCGAAAAAAAUCCAUUCCAAGUGACACCAUCCUAUUCAGCAUGGGCACCAUACAUUGGACGAGCUACCCGUGGGGAAACAGUAUGGAAUACAGAGCACAGAAAAGUGAUAAGAGAAACUGAAAGACUUGAAACAGACUGUCGUGAUAUGUCCGAGGAGCGUUUAAUAGAACUCCUGAAUUCUUCAAGCAUCACGGUUGCAAAGGUGAAAGAAAUAUGUUCAACUUGCAAUAUUGCAGCAACCGGAUCAAAAUAUGAUAUGGUAUUGCGUAUUCGACAGGCACUGAUUAAAAAUGAUAAUAUAAUGAACAAAGUAUUCCAAAAGAUAUGGGGUGCUUCUGGUGGAUGGCUUUCAGCAAGCUGCCCUCAUCGUAUCGUAUAUGCAGUUAAGUUUCUUAUUCGGGCUGAGAGUCCGCGAGAUCACGUUGACCUUAUUAGGUCUUUCAAGGUUCAACCAUCUGUUGUUAUCGUUGAUAUGCCACAUAUGGUAGCAAGACAUGGAAAUAUUAGACAUCCGCAGAUGUUUCAUCCCUAUGACGACAGAGUUGCAGAGAAAGCACAUCAGAAAAUAUUAUGCUAG